AAAAAUGUUGGAUGGUACAGCCUCCUUUUAAACCUCUCAGCGACAACGAGAAUUCUGACCCCCACCUCCCCUCCAAAAAGUGCUUUUCGACUAGAUUGGGAGCAGCGGUGGUGAGUUAAGCGAGCAAGAUGCAGUUGUCUGUGCGCCUCGCAAUCAGGCACCGAGGUUGGUGAUGCCCGCCCCCGCGCGGGGAUCACCGCCAGCGGCCAGUUGCAGAAGGGUGGCAAACCAGGGCGAUCGAGGAUGAGCAUGAGGAUGAUAAUGAUUUUAAGAUCGAGAUCAUGGCAAGCGGUAGUAUUAUGUUAAAAUGUGUCGUGGUCGGAGACGGUGCAGUGGGUAAAACGUGUCUCCUGAUGAGCUAUGCCAAUGACGCCUUUCCAGAGGAAUACGUUCCGACAGUCUUUGAUCAUUAUGCAGUGAGCGUGAAUGUCGGAGGAAAGCAGUACUUGUUGGGACUGUACGACACUGCUGGCCAGGAGGAUUAUGACCGACUCAGGCCAUUGUCCUAUCCGAUGACCGAUGUUUUCCUCAUCUGCUUCUCGGUGGUUAACCCUGCCAGUUUCCAGAAUGUCCGUGAGGAAUGGGUGCCCGAGUUACAGGAGUAUGCACCUAAUGUCCCCUACCUACUGAUUGGCACUCAGAUUGAUCUACGUGAUGACCCAAAGACCAUUGCCAAACUGAACGAUAUGAAGGAGAAACCUAUACUGACUGACCAAGGCCUGAAACUGGCAAAGGAGAUUGGUGCAUGUUGCUAUGUGGAGUGCUCAGCCCUAACUCAGAAAGGCCUUAAGACUGUGUUUGAUGAGGCCAUCAUUGCCAUUUUGGCUCCUAAAAGAAAAAAAGGAGCACUAAAGAGAAGACUGGGACCCCGUUGCAUUAACUGCUGUCUGAUCACAUGAUACAUACACAUCAUCAUUCAGCAGCAAACUAUACAUGUCCUGGAUUUACACAAAGACUCAGGCAGAUAUUUGAGGAAAGACAAAGAGCGCUGACAAAAACUGAGUGACAUUUAAACUGCAAUGCACUCGAAGGAACGUUACUGUCUUCUGCAGAGGCAGUCAAUCACAAACACCAAAAGGCUCUUCCAAUUCAGGUGUUUUACAUAAAAAAAAACAUGAAUCAAAAUUUUAAAAAGUUUCAGGACAAAAGCAUUUCAUUUGUUAAAUGGUUCAAGAAUAUGAAUAUAUUGGUUUUUGGUCCCAUAGCGAGAGUAAAAAGGGUCAUUUUUGGCCAUAAAGCCCAAGUAGCUUUCUGCCACUAAGUUUGUGUCCAAUUAUUCUUUAUUUGACAACCUGUAGAACAAACCAUGUGUAUCAUGAUUACUAAAGAAAAAAAAAAGGUAUAAUCAAAUUAUUUUGGAUCUAGAGCUAUUUUUUCACAUUUCCUCUCAUGCAAUUGUAUCCUGUACUUUCAGCACUUUUAAAGUGUAAGGGUAUAGACAGUUGAUCUUGAUUGUGAUUUGUUUAAGUACAACUCUCAAAGAAAGAACCACAUGCACAUAAAGCAGGAGGCAAAAAUGACCUUACACUUUAUAUUAAAGCCUCAGAUGAAGCACAUUCCCCUGCUUUUAAGUAUUGCCCAUCUUCCAGCUCGGGGAAGCACUUAGGAUGCAUAAACUUGCAGGCAUUAACGUAAGCACAGUUUAUUAUCACAUGCACUUAUCCCAAAUCAAAAUAUAGAUUUCCAUUUCUAUGCUUUGCAUACAAAUUCUCUUUACUAGACUGUAGAUCUUCAGACCACAGGGCCAAUUGUUGAGCUUUUGGUUAAAAAAAAAAUCAAUGAAGAUUUUUCAGAAAAUAAUUUAGAUUUACAGUAUGUAUCAUAAUAGGCGGCAUGGUGGACGUCUGGUUAGCACAUCUGGCUCACAGUUCUGAGGACUGGGAUUCAAAUCCAGCCUUGUCUGUGUUGAGUUUACCUGUUCGCCUCGUGCCUGUCUGGGUUUACUGGAGGUACUCUGGUUUCCUCCCACAUCCCAAAGACAUAUAUUGAAGGUAGCGAAUUCUUAAUUGCCUCUUGGUGUGAAUGUGAACAAUUGUUUUUACUGUAUGUGUCCUGCGAUUGGCUGGUGACCAUUUAAGGGUGUACCGCCUUUUGCCUGAAUAUGGCUGGGAUAGGCUCCAGCACUCCUGUGACCUGUGAGGAUAAGCAGCUCAGAAAAUGGAUGGAAAGAUAAUUAGAUUAGCUAAAUCUAAGUCAUUAAGGCAUACAGUAUAAAGGGUGAACAUUUUAAUAUUCCUCCUCUUUAUGUUGUAAUUUACAUUCAAUAUUUAAUGUUGCCAUUACUUAAUGCCAAUAAAUGAAGUACAUUGUUUGAUGAUUUUCAACCAAAGAGUAACUUUAUAAUUUAUACAAAGAGUCAGGAGGAUAAAGAAUUUCAGUAAGUUUGGGUGUCUGUCGAAGAAAGGAAAAAUGCUAAAUGAAAGAACGAGAUCACUGCAGUCACAAUGUGUCUGUUAAAAGGUGGCUGGUCUGCUGCUGCUUUAUUCUGCUGCAGUAUGAACCCACAAAGGCCCAUUUAUUUAGUUUUCCCCCACUACUGCUAGUUGAUGAGUUUUAGACUUUAGUGAGGAAACUAUUGACAAAUGAUGAGCUUCCGUGAGCAAUUGCUUCUGAAUGGUUCAUUGAUGCCUCUUUGGAGUGGUUAAUAUGAAUCAUAGUAAGUUUUUACAUGGUAAAAUUACACACUGACCAGACUUAUGGUGUCGCCUUUUGCUGCAGCAAAGAUAAGAUUGAUUACUUAAGAGGAUUUAGGAAAUAAUUACCGGUAGUUACAGAAUGAAAUAUUUUGAAGUUGUUUCCUAAGAAAAGAAAACAUCCAGCCACCCGUUCUCAAUUCCACUUACCAUGUCCAGGCCUCGCUCAGUGCUGGAGCAUAUCCCAGCUGUCUUCGGGCAAAUGGAGAGCACAUCCUGAAUAAGGCACAUGUAGACAUGGACAACCACUCACAUUCACACCAUUCUGAGUGGGAAUUGAUCCCACUCUGCCUGAACUGAAGUCAGGCAAAUGCACCACUACACCAUGAGUGACAGAAACAAUGUAUGUGAGUUUUCUUUUUUUUUUUUUCUUUUUUAAGACUUUCCCAUUGGACUCGACCAUCUAGCCGUAUUAAAUUGCCAGGUACAGUCUGGUCAUUUGUUAGUUCAAGACAGAUAAAAGGCAAAGGGAUUAAAAACUACAUGUGAAUGUUUUUAAUGAACCUGUGUCAAUUGGAUCAAACUUUUCUACAGUUCAUUUCAUUAUACUUGUAGUAAAUCCCAUCAUAUAAUAUCAUACAUUUAAGAUACUGUAUAAUGUCGGAUUUACAAACCAGCUGGGCACUGUGUCUUAAAUUUUACUUUUUUUAUAAGACAAAUGUCCCCCAAAAUGACCCAUGUACAUGUUUUAUUUGGUGUUGGGUUUUUAUGUUUUUAAAAGUGCCAAAUGUUGCUAAAGAACUGUAUAUGUUCAGUCCAGAGUCUGAUACAAUGAGUUAGUGAUGCUUUAAUGUAAAUGGUGCUCCUUUUCUCUACCCCAACUUGCACGACUGUAUUGCCGCUUUGAGUCAGAGGAUAUGCUGUAUUGCAAGUCAGCUUUUGCUCGCUUAUUCCAGGUAAGAGUCCAUCCUUGGAACCUUGGCUCUAAAGAACUGCAAACACUAGUGCAUCAAUGUUCCUGUCUACUACUCAAUAAAACUGUUUCAUUGUGUUAAAAAAGGCAUCUUAAUGAGUUUUUUACGACAAGAGUGAAAAGAUAUCUACAACAUUGCUAGGGAUGGAUA